GCGAGAGGCGGGGUACACCCUGGACAGGUCGCCAGUCCAUCGCAGGGACAUAAGAAAACAGGAAAUCAGGGUUGAUCCGAGCACCUCCCCGCUGCUGUAUAAAGACCGGGGAGGAUAGGUUCCCCUUCACACUGCCUGCAAACACCUAAGAGGAUGAUGGCUCAGGACAGAAGAAUGAAGUUGUCACUGAUGGUGUGUUUGUUUCUGGGAUCCUCCUCAUUAAUUUGGUCCCUUACCCCAGCAGCAGCCUUUCAGCUCCCACGCUGCCAGCUCAUCAACCAGACAAUAUCUCUAGAGAAGAAGGGCUGUUCUGGCUGUCACCGAGUGGAAACAACCAUCUGCAGUGGGUACUGCACAACCAAGGAUCCCAACAGGAAGCUACUGUUUAGCAAAGCGUACCAGCAUGUGUGCACAUAUGGGGAUUUGCACUACAAGACAUUCGAGUUUCCUGAUUGUUUGCCCGGAGUUGAUCCCGUUGUCACCUACCCUGUUGCUUCAAGCUGCCACUGUAGCGGCUGCGCCAUGGCCACAUCCGACUGCACCUUUGAGAGCCUUCAGCCUGACUUCUGCAUGAUUGACAUCCUGUUUUACCACUAAUAUUGUGUAAAACAAGUCUAAGCAUGGCAUUACUGUGUUAUGAUAUAUAUGUUGUUUAGCACAAGCAUGACAGAUAACAGAGAAAAUGUUCAACAAAAUAAUUAUGCUUCCCACGUUCAAAUUAAAAGUUGAAGAGAAAAACUAUGAAAUUGUUUUGGCUAAUGAGCACAUUUAAGCAAUCGCUGAGGUACACAUUAAAUUUGCCCUGGCAGACCCAUGCUUCAGGUUUGCUUUAGAGAAAAAAAAGCAGUACAAAUGUAAACUUUGCCAUUCCAAAUAAAAAAGUACAACAGGC